UGAUGAUAAACUUCAGUCCGCGCUUCUUUCACCAACCUCUGGGAGAUGUCAGUGUAACCCUCCGCCUGCGGUAGAUGUGCUGAGGCUGGAGUAGCCACCAUUUUGCAUGUCUAGUGUGUUCCUCCCUCCAUUGCUAAUAGAGACGAUUCCAGUUAUUUUCUGGCAUCUUUACGGCUAAGAAUGCCAGCUCCGAUCAGACUGCGGGAGCUGAUCCGGACUAUCCGGACAGCAAGGACCCAGGCAGAGGAGCGUGAGAUGAUCCAGAAAGAGUGUGCUGCUAUACGCUCGUCCUUCAGAGAGGAAGACAACACAUACCGGUGCAGAAAUGUGGCAAAGCUACUUUAUAUGCACAUGUUGGGCUACCCGGCACACUUUGGGCAGCUGGAGUGCCUGAAGCUGAUUGCGUCCCAGAAGUUCACUGACAAACGAAUAGGCUAUUUGGGAGCUAUGCUGCUGUUGGACGAGAGGCAGGACGUCCACCUACUAAUGACAAAUUGCAUUAAGAAUGACUUGAAUCACAGCACACAAUACGUCCAGGGCCUGGCCUUGUGCACUUUGGGUUGCAUGGGCUCCUCAGAAAUGUGUCGUGACCUUGCCGGUGAGGUAGAGAAGCUGCUCAAAACAUCCAACUCCUACUUGAGGAAAAAAGCAGCGUUGUGUGCAGUUCAUGUCAUCAGGAAGGUCCCAGAACUUAUGGAAAUGUUCCUUCCAGCCACAAAAAACCUGCUGAGCGAGAAAAACCAUGGUGUUCUCCAUACAUCGGUUGUCCUCCUCACUGAGAUGUGUGAAAGAAGUCCUGACAUGCUGGCCCACUUCAGAAAGAAUGAGAAGCUGGUCCCUCAGUUGGUGAGAAUCCUGAAGAACCUAAUCAUGUCUGGAUACUCUCCUGAGCAUGAUGUGUCUGGCAUAAGUGACCCUUUCCUGCAGGUACGGAUAUUGAGACUGCUGCGAAUUUUAGGCAAGGGUGACGAUGACUCCAGUGAAGCAAUGAAUGACAUUCUUGCACAGGUUGCAACGAACACAGAGACGAGUAAAAAUGUAGGCAAUGCAAUUCUCUACGAGACUGUGCUGACUAUAAUGGACAUUAAGUCUGAAAGUGGACUGAGGGUUUUGGCCAUUAACAUACUCGGUCGCUUCCUUCUAAACAAUGACAAAAAUAUAAGAUACGUGGCAUUGACAUCUCUACUAAAGACCGUACAGACGGACCACAAUGCAGUGCAGAGGCAUCGGAGCACCAUUGUGGACUGUUUGAAAGACCUGGAUGUGUCCAUCAAGAGACGUGCAAUGGAACUGAGCUUCGCCCUGGUGAACGGCAACAACAUCAGAGGCAUGAUGAAGGAGCUGCUCUACUUCCUGGACUCCUGUGACCCGGAAUUCAAAGCAGACUGUGCAUCAGGAGUCUUUCUAGCUGCGGAGAAGUAUGCCCCUUCGAAAAGAUGGCACAUAGACACCAUUAUGAGAGUCCUGACAACGGCAGGGAGCUAUGUGCGAGACGAUUCUGUUCCCAACCUCAUCCAGCUCAUCACCAACAGCGUGGAGAUGCAUGCCUAUACGGUCCAGAGACUUUACAAAGCACUGCUUGAUGACAUCUCACAGCAACCUCUAGUGCAGGUGGCGUCCUGGUGCAUAGGAGAGUACGGGGACCUGCUAGUAUCUGGACAGUGUGAGGAGGAGGAGCCCAUCCAGGUUUCUGAGGAUGAAGUUCUGGACGUGCUGGAAGGCCUCCUGGUGUCCAACCUGUCCACACCUGUGACUCGGGGUUAUUCCCUGACUGCCAUCAUGAAGCUGUCCACUCGCUUCAGCGGUGUGAACCGAAUCAAGAAGGUGGUUUCGAUAUAUGGCAGCAGCAUCGACGUGGAGCUUCAGCAGAGAGCGGUGGAGUACAACGCGCUGUUCAAGAAAUAUGACCACAUGAGGCCAGCUCUCCUCGAGCGAAUGCCCAUUAUGGAGAAAAGUGCUUCUAAUGGCCCCACAGAGAUUGUUCAGACAAAUGGGGAGACAGAGCUCUCUGUUGUAGAAUCAAAACAUCCGCCACCCGUCACCCAGCCAGCCAACCAGGCUAAUGAUUUAUUAGACCUGCUAGGUGGUAACGACGUGGUUCCAGUAAUCCAGACCACGAUGCCCACCAAGCCUGCCUCAGCUGGAGGAGAGCUGCUUGAUCUGCUGGGUGACCUCUCGCUAAGUGGCGGCCCGGCUCCUGCUCCCUCUGUGCCCUCUUCCCAACCCUCUUUCCUGCUGGAUGGCCUCUCCUCACAGCCCCUGUUUAAUGACAUUGCAGGUGCAGCUAUUCCUCCUAUGACUGCAUACAACAAGAACGGGCUGAAAAUAGACUUCACGUUUGAGAGAGCUAAUCCCAAUCCAAACAUCGCCGUCAUCACCAUCCAUGCUUCCAACUCAACAGAGGCAGAUAUGACAGACUUUGUUUUUCAGGCUGCAGUACCAAAGACAUUCCAGCUGCAGCUCCUCUCCCCCAGCAGUAAUGUUGUCCCAGCACUCAACCAGGGAACCGUCACACAGGUCAUCAGAGUCCUCAACCCACAGAAGCUUCGAAUGAGGAUCAAGCUGACGUACACCCUCAAAGGCUCGCCUGUGCAAGACCUGGCUGAGGUGAAUAACUUCCCUCCUCAGUCCUGGCAGUGAUGAGCUGCUCCUGUCGCUCUUAAAAGCCCCGACCAAGGGAACUAUGAAAACGAUUCUCCUUUCACCUCCCUCCUCUCUUCCUAUGGACCCCCCCCUCCCCCGUGACGUCACUGCAGCCCCGCUGCCCUCGAGUUGCAUGGGAGCAUCUAACACAGGAGAAAAAUACAGAUGUUAAGAAGACCCUGUUGACUAUUGACAUCACCAGAAUAAUUGGGAAAACAUAUCAAUCAAUGAACUUUCUUUUUCUUUUUUUUCUUUCUCAAUUGGUUUCCUUCGUGUCUUUAGUGUAGUAGUACUAUUUUCCACAUAAACCCUCGCUCGGCACCAUUACGACCCACAAAAGCACACAUGCACCCCAUUUCCUGUGGCACACUUCACAUCCCGAGUCACUGUAGUACAGUGUUGCCCACCAUGAGCACUGCAGUAACCAUAGUCUUAUUUUCAUUUAUAGUUAAGCUAAAAUGCAGUUGAAACCCUUUGCUCUAUUGAUAUUAAUGAUUGGCUUUUCAUUCAGGUUUUUAUAUGAACCUUCAGUCCUUCAGCAGCAGAAAAAGACCAGCGCAGUUGUAAACUUCUAGGUAACCUUUGACCCUCCACACAUCCUGGGUGAUGUCAUUUGUCAGAUAGUUGUAUUCAUUUUGAAUUGCAUACAUUUCCUUAAAGCAUGUUUGAGCAUUUGUAGGAUCACAAUUGCACCCUUAUUCCAGCUCUGGUUCUGGUUGUAGGUCUCUCACUCCUCUGUUUGUAUCAGGAAGUAGACUACCAGGAAGUAGUCUACAUUUGUUUUGACACACGGAUAAGAGCUUUACAACAUCCAAGAGGCCCAGUUUGGUUUCAGACAAUGUGCCCAGACUUCCCCACACAGCUCCUCAAAUCAUCUCAUCGUUGCUUUUAGUUCUCGAUCUGUAUAAUAAAUCCAACGGUUACUUGCUCAGUAGUUUGAGGAGGUGCAUUCAUUAGGAUGAAUGAAAUCCAGGCCUAACAUUUAUAUCAAUAUAAGCCGAUUGCAUUUGUGUUGGAGAUCUGUGUUUAAACUUUUCCCGCAUCCGCGUCAUCGCAGUCUAGCUCGCAAUCUAGAUAGAUUUCAGAUUUGUUUAACCUGGUUGAACUUGGUCACCAUGCACAUACAUGUAAAUGAAGCUUGUUAUGAAUGUAGUUACAUGCACUGAAUGCUUUUUUCUCCCCUCCCCUUCAAGUCUUUCUCAUGGCUGUCUCUUUGAUGGGGACACUCAUCUUACUGGCACUCUUUUUGUGAAUGUUUAUUUUAUUUCUGCAGUAAUUUGACUUAAUUAUUUAUGCCUGAUCUCAAAGUGAUGUGCCUUUCUGACUUGGGUGGAUAAAAGCCCCUGAACUACUGAGUUCUGUAUGAGCUUCGUUUGUAAGUCUUGCUUGUGUGCUGAUCUAUUUUUUUUUUCUUUUUUUUUUCUUUUCUUUUUUUUUUCUUUUUUUUUAUAUUAUCUGAGGGAAAUGGUCUUGAUGGAUCUAAAGCUGUAAAUCACUUAAUUUAAAUUACUUGUUCACUUCUGUAUCUCAUAAGUUAACAGUCAGUCAUCCACUAAUACCGGCCUACCUGGAUGUCCACAUGUCUUUUUGUCUUUGUUUUGAGAAAAACAUAAAUUAUAGUGACACAAUGUUUCUUUCCCUAUAUUGUGCGGCAGACUUUCCAUUAAGAAUGCUUAAGUCCUAAAAAAAGCAAAUCUCAAACAUUAAGGUUUCAAGUGUUUUUAAACAGUAUGAAUGUUCCACUGAAGUGAAAUAUCAUUAGGACGCCCACAAACGUUGAAGUGUGAGUUGGGAUCACUCGCUGAGGUACUGGGACUUGUGGCGACUGUGUGAUUUCUCGGCUCUCGUCGUCUCCAAAUCAGAAUUCUGACCAUGCUGUCGGGGGGGCAGUAACCUUAAUACCUCACGAUGUUCUGUCUUUCUGUUAACUUUGAGUUGCAGUGGAGUGACAGCUUUAUUUCGUCAUGAAUUGCAAUCAAGGGGAGCAUCUACUUAGAGAGAACCUAAUGGCAGUCUACAUCUCAUUACUUAACGAGCUUGGUGGCCCUGCGCCGCUGCGUUGAGCUCCUCGGAGGUUCAAUCAGGCAGUUUUCUUUUCACUGUCUUCUAACUUCUGUGACCAAAUCAGAGACUAUUAGCUUUGGAAAUAUUUUUGAGCUAUAUGUGUAUAUGGAGGAAAUUAUUGCAGUUUAACUUUUUUUUCUGUUGACGAAUGCUAUAUUGGCUUUUUUUCUGUACAUAUUGAGGGCUUUUACAAUUGUGUCUCUUGUACUAUCUUUCAUCAUUUUUUUUAGAUACCAUUUUCUAAAAAAUUCCAAUUAUUCACAAUGUAUAUUGUCUAAAUAGAUCUAGUCAACAUCAGUCUAUAGAGGCUUCCCUGUAUCAUCACUCACUCAUUGUAAAAGAUAUAUCAUCUGCUGCCUGUACAUUGUAUAUAGUUGUAAAACAAACAAAAGCUGAUCAAAUUAAAUAAAACCCACAUGAAGACUAAGAAGACUAGCUAGGAAGUAUAAUUGUAUGCAUAUAUGUACAAAACAAAGAACCCUAAAAGGAUGCAAUUGAGCUGCAUUUGAUUUACCAUUCUUCCUACUUCAUUCAUUACCGGAUGUGUCAUCUUUACUUUUACAAAGAUGGUAGGCUACUGGUCGGGGUUCCUUUUGGAUGUUUAAAUAAGGGUUGGAUCUCCCUUAACAGAUGUUUGAAUGAUGAACUUCUGCGAAACCUAAGCACAGUGCUGCACAACUGCAGAAGGGGCUCCUUGCUUCGUCUGCGUCUCUAACCCCCUUAAAUGCCUCAUGUAUCCACGCCCUCCUUCGGAGAGGAGCAGCUUCCUGGCCUCGUUUGGUUUAGCUUUCUGCACUCUUGACAAUUUAAACUAUUAAACUCCUUUCAACCUACAAAUUGAUUCUUGAAAUGAUGCCCUGUGGUCUUGGCGUGGUUGACUCUCACGGUUGCCGGUUACCUUUUUGCUGCCAUGUAGCACCUUCUUAAAGGCAUUAUGUCUCAAGCAAGCAAGUGCCACACUCAUUUUGUUCAUUUUCCCAGUAUGGCCAGUAGGUUUAAAUUGUAAUGGAGUUUUGUCUAGAGCUGAUAGACAUAUUACUGUGUGCUAAGUGGUCCCAGAUAUGUAUGUAUGAGCAGCAGUGUCCUUCCCUGGAUCUGAACAUUUCAAGGCUUUUUUUUUUUUUUUUUUUUUUUUUGUUUGGCUUCCUUUCCGUCCAUUAUUGUUGACUUUAUUUGCCUCUGCACAGCACAGCUUUCACUUUCUCUUUGCAGUCACUGAUACACAUGUCAUCAGAGCCCUCACUGUUUUAAAUUCAACUUUACAUGGCAGUCAAUCACGGCAGGAUUUGAGGAAGGAAGACAACUUUUUUUUCUUUCUGUUAAGACCUUUAUUUUGUGAUUAUGGAUUGCUGCUUUACCAGCCUCAACACAAACCUGGGACAAACCUGUGCUACAACAUAAUGACCACAAGGGGGAGCUGUGCAAAAUGGAAGGCUGACGGGAUGGGAAAGGAAGUGUCGUACAUCAAUUCCUGAAAAGUUUUUGUUGGUGUUUGUAUCAUCUUAUUCAACCAGUACUUACCCUUGUUAAUCACAUCUGAUCAGUUCUUUCAAUGACACCGUAAAUUCAUGCAGUUUUAAAUGUUGGAAAUUAACCUAACAUUAGUGCUUUGGACACUAACUUAAAAGGAAGUAAAGAAACAAACAAAUACCCAUCAGCGGUGUGAUCAGCGUUUGAGGUGGUGUGUGUGUGAGUGAGAGAGAUUGUGUGUGAGAUUCUGAGACAGAAAGAAAAUAAUCAUGCUUGAAGGAGCGUGAUGGCGUGCAACAUGUCUUAAAUAAAUAGGACAUGAUUUUUGGCUGCAAAUUAAUCUUUCAGCUUCUGAGCUGCAUGUGAAAACCAGUGUAAAUAAUGUCAUUUCUACUCUUGACCUGAGACUCUUUUUGAAAUGCAAGAAAAGUUAAAUUAAGCUCCGUCACACCGUCAUGGGUCAGUACUAAUAUGUACUAUAGGAGGUUGUUCAGAUAGUGCUCACAAUAUUGUUAAUUUUUUUUAGAGUGAUGCAAGUGCACAUCCUUCAUUUGGGUUCGUUGGAUUUGGAUAAUUUGAUUAUUUUUUAAAUUUGUUUGGGUGAAUUCAGUGUGUCGAGGGCUUGGAAGAGCAUCUGAAUUGCCACCCAUGUUCACGUUCCCUGUUGAAUCUAAAAUGCAUCCAUUGUAUUUUGAAAACAUAACCCCAAGGCCUGUCCUGACUGUAAAACAAUAUGGUGUCUGAUGUGUUGGGGCCAGGGUGGAGGCAUGAGUUUCACUUUUUCCAGUCAAGUUUGAUGCGUUGAACUGAAUCCCAGUCCCAUAGCUUCAACGUGAGCGUGAAUGUCAGACUGAAAGGAUGAAAUGAUGAUUAAAGAUGAGGAGUUGUAAACUAUUAAAUGGGAUAUUUUCAAUUUAUGCUGUGUAUUCUUGUCUUUGGGUUGGCGAAAAUGAUCAAGCAAAUAAAAAGUCAAAGAAAAA